CCACCUUGACUUUACCCUUGCCGCAACACCGUCCUCCAACAACCCUCCUCUCGAACAUGUCCAACAUGUCUCUUUCCGACUCGGAGCUCUCGUCGCUUUCGUCGGCGCCUCCGUCAGAUGAGGAAUCUGGCGCCAUGGCAGUCGACGAGCCCGUGGGCAUCACGAAGUACUUCAAGAAGGAGUCCGAAUCUCCGCCGCCGAAACGGGCACCGUCACCACCCCAUGAAUACGUUCUGGCCGAUAAUCCGGAUAUUGCAUUCAUCGUCAUGUUCCGCGCGCGUUUCCACGACGCAUUCCCACGCUCCACGCCGCACUUUGGCCCGCAGGAUAUUGAACGAGGGGUCAGCGAGCUUCCGCCAGGCGACCACAUUGAGAGAUUACUAUGUGCAUUCCUGGGUCUGGUGUUGAACCGCAAGAAAGACGUCGAUCGGAACCACUACCAACGCCCUCUGGAGGAAGCGAUCCAAACCCAUGCGCCCCAGUGGCCCAAGGCUUGGCAGGGAAAGAACCCGCUCCACGGGGGGCGCACUUUCGCCGCGAUGACACCGGAGGAACGCUUGCAACUACUGAAAUCCCUCAUCCUCUGGUCCUUGUCUUCGUCCGAGGCAAUCCAGGGCAAGAUCAAGGAAUCCUACAAACAAGCGCGCCACGAGGACGAUCUGAACCAGCCCCUUUCGGUUCAGCCGUGGGGUCGGGAUGGCCACAAACGUCGGUACUGGCUCAUCGAAGGGCUUGACGAUACCCAUUUUCGAUUGUAUCGCGAGGGUAACCCGGCCUUGAAGAAUGUUACGUGGUGGAGUGUGGCGGGGACCAUUCCCGAGUUGAAGGCCGUUGCGGACAAACUCGACGAGGAGAGGAGCACGAACUCGAAGAAGCUCAGCGAGAAGAUCAACAAUUCUAUUCCCCGGUUUGAGGGUUCGGAAGAGAAACGUAAACGCCGGGAUUAUCGUAUUGCCAGGAAGGCAGCGUUCACUCGGCCGGAGCCGGGAUUCUCCCUCUAUGAAGGCCGCACCCGCGGGAAGAAGUUGAAGUACACAUACUCCGAUGACGAGGACAUCUUUUCCGACGGCCUGCCAUCUACUCGACGCUCCACACGUAACACGUCGGGAGUUUCCACCCCCCCGGAGCCGGCCGGCCCCCGGUAUACCGCGAGUGGAAGGCAGAUUCGGUCUCGCGCGGGGGGUCUUUAUGGCGAGACGCUGUUGAGUGGUCCGCGUGAUGAAUUAGCUGCCGACGAGGAGGGCUCUGGCAGACCCCAGAGGACUCGUUCGGCCCGAGGAAACGGGCACCCCGGUUACGAUUUGGACGAGGACAUGGAUGAUGCAUCCGACGGGGCGCAUUCUAGCGGAAACGAGUGGCAGGGCGGCGAGGAAGAAGAGGAUAAUGAAUUUGAAGGCGACGAUGAAGAAGAAGUGAGCGGCGAUGAGUCGGUCGUGAAUGGAGAGCCCCCCAGCUUGGUGGUGCAACUCAGAUACACCAAAGGCAAAGUGCCAAGCAGUCCCGGUGGCCCUGGCGACGAUGCUCAGCUACCAAAAAGCAUGCCAGAGCCAGAGACAACGUCUCGGUCCCCGGCUCAAGAGCAAUCCGGAACCAGUGGGCUGGAUGUCUCCAAGGUGCCGCCAGGAACGUCAGACGCCGGACAGCCGGCUGUCGCACCGCCCACUGCAACUUCUUCGAGCCAGAAGAUUGAACCACAGAACAAUGCGGAUGAGCAGCCGAAGGGAACUACAAGACUUCCUCAGCCUACGACUGGCACCGACGUGCCAACGCAUCCGCCCGUCACUCUCCCCGAGCCAAGCGAGGCCGCCUGACCGUUAACGCCAACAACGGUGCCCUCGAUUCUUUUCAUUACGCAUAGAGUUCUUUGCUGGGAGCGUGCUUUUUUCUAUUUUCAUGCAAUUGAGGGCCUAACGGGGAGUCUGGUCAGGCGUUAUCCGUCACUGGGAAAACUUUGUUACGGUGGGCAUUGAAAAAGUGCCAUAGGUCAAGGAGCCCGAGAUUGCGGCGAUCUCUUGACCGAGCGGCUGCUACAUGAGCGCCCUUGUCCAUAUAUUGGUAUCUAGUAGACAUGUUCGGAUGCUUGCUAAGUAUACUGUAUGUAUGUACUAUCAUUGUGACGUCCAAGUCGGCCGAGAUGGCUUGGCCUUGAAAAUAUUGGGGACAAGUAACUUCGACGCUACAAAUAGGCCGGACG